UCUGUGAGUGUGCAUUUAUCUUAUAUUUUUGUUACAUUUGUUUAUUUCACUGUUUUUUUAUAUAGGUUACCAAAAAACUUGCCGGUUCUGCUGCCAACACUGCUGGCUGGUGCACUAACGUGGGCAAUGAGCACGGCCAGGUUUUGGUGUCAGUGCUCACAGCUGCAGAGGGGCAUGGACUGUGGCCUAUGGCAGCAGGUCUCAUGAAGAGGUACAGGGAGGCAGGAGUGGCACCACCUGCUAUCAUGUACGUGGACAGAGACUGCUGCAGCCCACAUGCACAUGGACAGUCUCAGGUAAAAGCCAUGUUUGCAGAGUGGAAUGAGCUCCAAGUGCGCCUGGACAUUUGGCACUUCAUGAGGCGUUUUGCAGCAGGGGUCACAACGGAGGCUCAUCAGCUCUAUGGCACCUUCAUGGCUCGACUUUCCAAAUGCAUCUUUGAGCUGGACCCAGAUGAUGUGGCUGCUCUUCGGCUGGCCAAACAGGGGGAGCUACUGGCCAGAGGAGUUCGUCCAGUCUCAGAGAAGGCCCUGGAUAAGCUGAUCAGCCGGAAGGAGUUGGCGCUGCACUGCCGCAAGAGGACCAGAGGAGUGGAGGAGACCACCAGGAGGAUUAAGGCGCUCAUUGAUGAGAUGGACAGUGAGAAGGGGAGGGACACUCUGGGAGUACCACUGCUGGACCACGAGCGUAUCCAGCAGGUCUGGAUAGACCAGCAGAGACACAUCACCUGUAUUCAGGACCCAGAGCGCUUCCCUCUGUACAUGAAGACAGGCACACUGAAGAAGGGUGGUGUGGAGCUCUGCUGCUACCGGUGUGCUCGUGGCUCCACUUCGUUGGAGUCCUUCCACCUCCAUUUAAAUCGCUUCAUCCCAGGGACCAGUGCCAGUGACUCGCACUUCCAGGCCUAUCUCCUGGAAGGCCUGAUGCGCUGGAACGAUGACCGGAUGGAGGAGGCAGUAAGGGGAAAGUCUGAUCUGAGGACCUACAGCAGCUCUGAGAGGGAGGCAAUGGACCAGCUGAGCCGCAAGGUCCUGAAGAGGUCCUUGGACGAGCGCUACCGACCUCCUGGGGCAUACACAGGCAAGAAUUAUUAAUGUUAACUCAGAUAUGUUAACAAAAACAGAUGUAUUAUACAGGUUCAUCCUGAAAUACAUCUAUGGGAUUCUUAUUUCUUGCAACAAAACAUUAUCACUAAUAUGGAGAGUUUGAGUGUGUAUUUCAAUACUUUUUUUCAAAUACUUCAUUAUAGUAAGGUGUAUUGUACUUUGUAUGUGUGCUCUUUUGCAGGGGAGCUGAUAGGUAUGGAAUACCUGUACAGUCAGUCAGGUAAAUCCCUGACUGUCAUGGAUAACCAGGUGGAAGAGGAUCGACUGGUGGAGCAGAUGGAUGAUGAGGAGGUGCAGGAUGAAGGCUUUGUGGAGGAGGAACCUGAGGACAUCACAGUGCCCGUCCUCUAUGACCCCUCUGAGACUGUCCCAGUUCACAGCAGUAGCCCCCAGGCCUUCAACCCCUCUAACUCUGCAUCAGGACCACCCUCACCACAGCCAUCCACAUCCAGCCAAAGCCUGCCUCCACCACAGCAACCUCCUGGGCCUUCUCCUCAACGUCCUGCCGGGCCUCCUGUGCACCCUCCUCUUCAGCACCCUGCUGGGCCUCCUCUGAACCCUCCUACACAGCGCCCUGCCGAGCCUCUUCUGGACCAUCCUCUGCAGCACCCUGCCGGGCCUCCUCUACACCCUUCUGCCGAGCCGAGUGCAGCCUCUGACCCUACAACAUCAACUGGGUCCAGUGAUGCACUCCAGGCUCCCGUAAGUAGGCUACUCAUUGGUACUUUUUAUUUGCUUUUUUCCUUUGAGAUUUCACAUGCUGUUUUAUAUUUUAAUACUUCUUUUUUGCAGGCUGCAGUUCUUGGACCCGAUGGCAUCGCUGGGUGGGAUAAGGUCCAGAAUUUGGCCGAGUACCUGGUGUCCAUCCGUCAGGCACUCUACCUGGACGAGCAGCAGGUCACAGAGGUCAUCCGCCUGUGGAGUGCUCUUCCUGAUGGGGACAAGAGGAGGAUCCAGUAUCAGCCCAGACACCAGCCCAAGCUCGCCCACGGACGCUUCAAGGCCCCCAUGAACACAGGAGUGACACCGGGUGUGGACAGUGUGAAGAGGUGCCUGAUUGGUCAUCCAGGAGGGCCGGCUCAGUGGCCCAGCACUAGUCGCUUAGUUGAGGCCAUGUGCAUCAAGCUUUGUGCACUGCACAAGUCUCCAACUAAGAAGGAUGGAGUCCGCCUUCCUCGGUGGACAAAGGUGUUAAAUGACUACCACCACAUCCGAGACCUGGUGCUGAACUGCCACACCCUGAUGGAGGCCACCUCUCUUCAACUUUUUGUACUGAAUCAGAGGACUCUUACUCAGUGGUUUAAUCGAAGGGAGAACACCCAGGAGCUGAGUGUCCUUACCCAGGGUCUUGCUGCAGAAGACCGCAUUGCUGUGGCCACUUCACAGCUUCCUGCUCCGCGGGAAAGGCUGAAUGAGGCUCCCUCCACAUCAGGGCCCCGACAUGAGUUUGUCCUUCCUCCAAACAGAGCGGGACAGGCUCUUAAGCUGCGGCCGGGCAGACGACCUGCUAGUGCCACAGUUGUUCGGCCCAUCGCACCAGCAGCUCCUCCUCCUCCUCCUCUCCCAGCUCCUGCACCACUGCCCCCAUCCUUUAUAGUGAACCCUGUGCCGGUGGUCAUGGGAGCAAGUGCAGGUAGCCCCUCUGCAGCUCCUGUCCUGGCUCCAACUCCAGUGUUUCCUGCUGCACCAGUAGCUCCUGCCCCCACUGCCUCUGUGUCUGUGUCCCGCUUCACACAGAGGAACAGGCGACGCAGGGCAGAAGAGGAGGCCAGUGGAGCCCACAAAAGAAAGUAUGUGCGUAAUGUGGCAUUCAACAAGUGCACCAAGUGUGGGCAGCCCAAAACAAAAGAGUUUGGCCAUAGCCGCUUCGGGAGUGCCACUUUUUGCCCCACUUUCUCAGGUGGCAAAUCUUUAGAGGAGUGGCUGGCAGAACAGCGCCAGCAGAAGAAACCAGGAAACCCACCCCCCUAAUCUGGAGGUGGACACACACUUGUAAAUAUAACCAUAACUAUGUGUAAAUACUGUUGAUAUUGUUUAUUUGUAUAUAGUUUGCAUGGUGUUGUCUUUAUUUCAUUUAUAUUACUCAGUAUACUGUAUUAUAUUUCCACAUUGUUUAUUGUUGUUUAUUGGUGGAAGUGUGUGAUGUCUUUACUUUGUUUUUGUAAAUAAAUGCUGUUCAAAGAUUCCUAUUCAUCGCUUUGCUUUUAAUUGCCUGAAGACUGGAGUGUGCAGUGUUUACUUAACUGAGGUCAGGGGCACUGUAAAUCACAGCAGCUUGUCUUUGAACACCAGGCUCCUGGGGGUCAGAGGAAGGUCAGGGCAGGUGCAUGCUCCUCAUAUGAACUCUGACUCUGGUUCAUUCAGAGGCUAUUACAAAUACA